GAAUUUUUACUUGCCUAUUUGUUAAGUUGUCACAAAUGUCAUGAGUUAUUAUAUUUCAACAUUAAAAAAUUGUAUUUUAGGUUGUCUCUGCCUUUGCUGCAAUGCUUUCAAACGAAAUGCACGACCCUUGCCAAGACCCAUAACAAGAGUACCAUGUCCAAGAAAAUUAGGGAUAUCUGCGUCGAGUCCAGUUAUAAAGCACACUUGCAAAGUUUCAUGUAGAUACUCUGCACCUGUGAUAAGAAGCAAAGAAGUACGAGAAGAUGUUGAUGACAUUCCUAUUUGCACUUUCGCUUCUUGCUCACCAACAUGUCUAGUAAAACCAUCAACAAUCAACAAAUCAACAUGUUCAAAUUGAUCGUUCUUGCCGCUACUUUGGCUUACGCCUCCGCCGGCUUGGUUGCCGUAGGACACCAAACCUCCGUCUCCAGCCACAGCUCCGUCGUCGCCCACCCAUCUCCAGUCGUGCACGCCGUUCACGCUGCUCCAGUCGUCCAUGCCGCCCCAGUUGUCCACGCUUCCCCAGUAGUAGUCAAAACCGUCGCCGCUCCAGUCGUAGUCAAAACUGUUGCUGCUCCAGUCGUCCCAGUGGUCAAGGCUGCCCCAGUCGUUGCCGUUCACUCUGCUCCACUUGUACACACCGUACCAGUCGUCAAGACCCUUCAUGCCGCCCCCCUUGUACAUGUUCAUUAAAUUUACGUCUGUGAUAUUUGCAAUAAAA